UAGCCUACCCAAUUUCAUUUGUUUAUCCGGCGCCUUCGAGACCCAUCGUCACCAGCCGCCUUAUUCUCGUGACUCACGACCAUUUCCUCCUCCGCUUUUAAACCCACCAUUUCUCCGAUCAUUUCAUCAAAUUCCGAGCGACCCCAAAAGCAAAAAAAUAAAAAUAAAAAUGAAGUCGAUUCAAGCUAAUACAUUCUUAUUACCUCGUUUCAAUGGCUCCAACCCAAGAAAACCGGAACUCUUAUUCCCUUCGUAUCCUUAUCUUGUCUGCUUCAACGCUAAGGUUCCGGUUACCAAGAAAUUGAUUGCGAGUUCAUCACUAUGUUCUCAACAGUUUGCUCCUUUAUUGAAGCACAAGAGAUGUGUUUCGGUUUCGAAAUGCCGGCAAGGGACUACUGUUUGCAAAUUUGGAGGCCAAGAUAAGCCUGCUGGUGACAAUGAGGGUUCUCCGUGGAAAUCUAUCGAGAAAGCAAUUGGAAACUUUGGGAAGAAACAAUCAAUCGAAGAUGUGUUAAGGCAGCAGAUUGAGAAGCAAGAUUACUAUGAUGAAGGCAGUGGGCAAAAUCCGCCGCGUGGUGGAGGUGGCGGCAGCAGCGGUGGUGGCGAUGGAUUUGGAGAAUCAGAGGAUGAAGGCCCCUCUGGGAUCUUAGACGAGACCAUGCAAGUGAUUUUAGCAACCCUUGGCUUCAUAUUCCUGUAUGUAUAUAUCAUUACCGGUGAGGAACUUGCUCGGUUGGCAAAGGACUACAUCAAAUAUCUCUUCGGAGGAAGCAAAAGUGUUCGAUUGAAGCGCACCAUGUACAAAUGGAGCCAGUUCUUUGAGAAGCUGACAGAGAAGAAGGAAUAUGAUAAGUUUUGGUUAGAAAAAGCAAUCAUCACUACCCCGACAUGGUACGAUAGCCCCGACAAGUACCGAAGGGUCCUCAAUUCUUAUAUAGAAUACGAUGAUGAAGAUGAAUCAGAUUACGAUGACUAAAUCUGAGUCCUAUAAGUGCCUGAAAGAACUUAAUGAGAAGUUGUUCUUUCAUGAGAAUGUCAUUCACUAGUCUAUGUUCAUGUUUUGGCAUUAUGGAAGAAUUUGUGUAUAACACAAUUGACAUCAUUGAGCAUUGUUUAGUCCUUGGCUAGCUCUUCACAUUGAUAACAUUUUCCAUGGAUUUAGUCCCUAUACGUUUGUUUAUUUGAUCAGUUUAGUACUUCUAUUUUUUGAAUUUUGAAA